CGCAGCGUAUGAUCCCCAGCUCGGCGUCGUUCCACAAUCAUGAAAACGAGCAAUCAUGAUCUGAGCUUCCGAUUUUGUCUCAGAGACGCAUCAACUUAUCGAUGAAGAGACGAAGACGAAGAAGAACGAAACAACAUCUUCAUCAUCAUCAUAAUUCAGAAUAAGAAAGCAACGAUUUUUUCAUAUGGCUUUGUCAAAACAGAACUUCACUGGUCUCGUCCUAGCUUUGGUUUCAAGUGCCUUCAUUGGUGCUAGCUUCAUCAUCAAGAAGCAAGGUCUCAGAAGAGCUGCUGCUAUUUCUGGUGUUAGGGCUGGUGUUGGUGGCUAUUCUUAUCUAUUGGAGCCACUCUGGUGGGUGGGGAUGAUUACAAUGAUUGUUGGAGAGAUUGCAAAUUUUGUUGCCUAUGCAUUUGCCCCAGCAGUUCUAGUUACCCCUCUUGGCGCAUUGAGCAUUAUCGUGAGUGCUGUUUUGGCUCAGAUUAUCCUGAAAGAGAAGCUACACCCGAUUGGGGUCUUGGGAUGUAUAAUGUGCAUUGCCGGUUCCAUCAUUAUCGUGAUUCAUGCUCCUAGGGAGCAACCUAUCAAAUCUGUUCUGGAAAUAUGGAGUAUGGCAACUCAACCAGCAUUUCUGGUAUAUGUUGGAUCGGUGGUUGUAUUGGUAUUCAUUCUGGUCUUCCAUUUCGCACCAAGAUGUGGGCAUACCAAUGUGCUAGUUUAUACUGGCAUUUGUUCAUUAAUGGGUUCCCUCUCUGUGAUGAGUGUCAAAGCCCUUGGGACUUCUUUGAAAUUAACAUUUGAAGGGAAAAACCAGUUAAUCUAUCCACAGACAUGGUUUUUCAUGUUAGUUGUGGCUUUUUGUGUCAUUAUGCAGAUGAAUUAUCUUAAUAAGGCUCUUGACACCUUCAACACUGCAGUAGUUUCUCCUAUAUACUAUGUCAUGUUCACAACACUUACAAUCCUAGCUAGUGUGAUAAUGUUCAAGGACUGGGAUGGCCAAGGUGGUGGAACUAUUGUUUCAGAAAUAUGUGGCUUUAUCGUUGUGAUUUCUGGCACGAUAUUGUUACAUGCAACCAAGGACUUUGAUAGAAACUCUUCUUUUAGAGGUAGUCAACCUUCGUCGCCUACGUUAUCUGUCCGCCUUUUCAACGGAAAUGGAGAAUUAUUACUUAAGGAAGAUGAGGAAAACAUAUCUCCUGGUAGUAUGUGUGCAAGAAGACAAUAAUUGUACUAGAUUGUUCAAUGGUUUGAUCCGUAAAAGGAAGUCCCAAUUCGUUUAAUCAUUGAGGGAAGAUAAACCCCCUUCGACCGGAGAGUCCAAAGGACUUGUUAAGUAGAUGAUACAAAGAGGUAGCUGCAUGUACUAUUGAAACCAUAGAAUGAUGGGGGAUUUCAGAAGCAAUGCAGGAAUUUAUUCACUGAGAUGAGAAGAUGGUUGGGGUUCCAAACUUCCGUAUUGUACAUUGGUGUCUACAUUUGCAGGUUUUCUUCUGGCAAACGGUUUUGCUCACUUUUUUCAAAAAGUAGUGAAUAUUUCUGUAAGUAGUCACUGGCUUGAGACUAGUUUAAAUAUUGAACCUAGAAAUUUGAGCGGGGAAUAGAGAUUAUUAGUUUGUCAAAACCAUCUGCAUAGUGGGUUUGUUUUUUCCUUUUACAUAUAUUAUUUUUUAAUUUUUUGUUUGGCUUAGCAUAAGGAUUUUCAUUUGUGGCUUUGUAAGUAUGAUUAGUUCAAAGUUAUAAACAAUAUUCUUUUGAUGCAGUGAUAAACAGCUCGUUAAUGUUUCUUAACGAA